CAGAUGUUGGCAGGUAUACCACAAACCAAUAAUCAUAUACCUUUUUUAAGCAGCAAAGAGUAUGUGCAAUACAACUGACUGUCUUGUAUGCAAAAAAUUUUCUUUCUCUUUUAUGUAAAUGUCAACUACCUGUAGCCUAUGUUAACAAGUAAAGGUUUUUAUUUAUUUUUUUUAUUUUAUUUUUUAUAUUUUUAUCCAAGUAUGAAGUAUGUUCAAUUUCAGAAAUCGCACAUACCUGCUGACUAUUCUUCACAUGGCUGGAGGCAACAAUCCCUCUAAUGGGGUCGUGGGAGGUCUCCUGUCUGGAUUUCUGUACCAGAUCGGACCAUCAGUUCUUCUUGUGACAGCAAUUGUGGUCAGUGUGUUGGCAUUACUGUACUCUGUGUUUCUCCUCUCUGACUCAAGAUGCUCAGAUACUGAAAGUGAAUCAUUGCUGCCACAAUCUGAGAGUGUGAAUAAAAUGGACAGAGUCUCCGUUGGUAUGCUGAUGGUUGCUAUGAUGGUAUUUAUAGUGGGCAUGGUUGGCGCAGAAAACGUGCUCCAGCUGUAUGUACUGAAGCCUCCCCUGAGUUGGGACUCAGUGUGGGCAGGAUAUGGCAGGGCUGCAACCAGUGCCAUGUAUCUCAGUAGCUUCUUAGGGGUCCUGACUCUGUUUAGUGUGAUGGGGGACACAGCCCUCACUCUUCUGGGCAUUGUGUCCAAUUGCACCGGGAUGGCUAUUAUGGCUUUUGCCAUAGAAAGCUGGGUCUACUUCCUGGCCAGAGCAAUCAUGAUGUUUGCCUGUGUUCCCAUGCCAACACUGCGAGCAAUGCUGUCCAAGAAUCUGCAUCCACAGCAAUACGGGAGAGUCUUUGGACUGCUUCAGCUGGUUCUGGCUGUGUCUGAUCUCUUGUCUAAUGUCUUCUUCACCACCAUUUAUCCACUGACUCUCGGCUGGUACAGCGGCUUCUGCUUCCUCCUCUCCGGUGCCAUUAGCUACAUCAGUGCCAUCCCAAUCCUUUAUCUAAGUGGCAGAGGUUUAAGACAUGGAACUAUUUGAAAGAAUGAACAUCUUUCACAUGAGAAUGUUUCUGCUCUCAUUCCAUUUUAAGAACUGAUCUGUCAGGGGCUGGAUAUUCACAAAACAUUGUAUCUGAUUUCUUAAAUCACUAACUAAAGCAUAAAACUGUAAUACAAUAAUAAAGGACAAUA